AGAUAUAUUUCCAGUUGCUCUCCUGGAGCUGCUUGCUGUUGCUUGCUCUCCCUAAAAAACUCUUUGCAAACUUUGAAAUUGACCCUUCCAUGCAGGAGUUGUCUAUCCGGGCUGCAUUCAGCUAGCAUGGCCUCAGAUGAAGGAUUGCUGAUUAACGUGAGCACGCUGCCUCCAAGGUCCCCCCGCCCGGCAGGACAGAGACCCCGCAAGCCACGAUGGAGCCGUGGAAAAAAGGCCAUGAAAAGAACGUUAGAAGGAGCAGAAGAAGCCACUCCUGUAAAACUUCAGCGCUCUUCUUUAUUGCCCCAAACCAAGAGGCAAUGGAAAAAACUCAGAAAUAGCAUCAAAGGAACUGGGCUGCCAGUAUCAUCUUCAGAGAAGCUUUCGACUAAAGCCAGAGACGGCGACAUCCACAGCAAGAGGCCAUUUGUGAAGACUUCCAGUCUCUUUAAAAACAAUCCAGAAAUCCCUGACAUUCAGAGAACUGCCGUGAAACAAGUUCAAGAGGAGGUCUUCACCUCAGAUUCCUUUGAUCGGCUGGAUCUCCACCCUCACUUGAUUUCAACAAUAACCUGUUGCUUGAAAGUAUCUAGCAUGACCAGUGUUCAGAAGGAGACGAUUCCCACACUCUUGCAAGGAAAGGAUGCUUUGGUGAGAUCACAGACGGGCUCAGGAAAGACGCUUGCUUAUAGCAUCCCCCUUGUACAAUCCUUGCAAAAAAUGGAGCCAAAAAUCAAGCGUAGUGAUGGGCCGUACGCCCUUGUCCUGGUUCCAACCAGAGAGCUAGUCCUACAGAGUUUUGAAACACUCCAGAAGCUCUUAAAGCCAUUUACUUGGAUUGUGCCUGGGGUCCUGAUGGGUGGCGAAAAGAAGAAAUCUGAAAAAGCCAGGUUGCGCAAAGGAAUAAAUAUUCUUGUUGCGACGCCUGGGCGGCUGGUGGAUCACAUCAAGUCUACCCAGUGCAUCCAUUUCCGCUGCAUCCGGUGGCUGAUUCUGGAUGAGGCUGACAGGAUCCUGGAUUUGGGUUUUGAAAAGGCAGUGGCUGCCAUCCUGAAUGCUGUCAAUGAAGCCAGCCCAAAACGGCAGAACGUUCUUUUGUCAGCCACACUUACAGAAGGAGUCUCAAGAUUAGCCCAUAUCAGCUUGCAGGAUCCCGUCUGCAUUUCGGUUGCGGCAGAACCCCUGGGUUCAAACACAUCUCAGGAAAAAAGUGGUGUUCACGAGGCUGUUGGCAUACUUCCUGCCAGGGAGGAAGCAGGCAGUUUUGCGGUGCCAGAAAAACUCCGCCAGAACGUGGUGAUGGUCCCAAGCAAGCUAAGACUGGUGACCUUGGCGGCUUUCAUCUUUGGGAAGUUCAAGUUUGAAAAACGCCAUAAAAUGAUUGUCUUCUUCUCAAGUUGCGAGCAAGUGGAGUUUCAUUAUGUCCUUCUCCAAAAAGUCUUGGGUGGGGUGCCUGGGGGUGAAGGAUCAGGAUUACCCCCAGCCCUUCCUUCUCCUCUGAAGUUUGCACGCUUGCAUGGUGACAUGAAACAAGAGGAGAGGUCAUCUGUGUUCCAGGCCUUUCUGCAAUCAAAGACUGGUGUUUUACUCUGCACCGAUGUUGCUGCUCGUGGGCUAGAUCUACCCCAAGUCACCUGGAUUGUUCAGUAUAAUCCUCCAGCUUCGCUUGCUGAAUACAUCCACCGAAUUGGGAGAACCGCUCGGAUUGGCAGCCCUGGGAACAGCUUGCUCAUCCUUUUACCUUCAGAGGCAGGAUAUGUCAGCUUCCUGGCUUCCUACAAGAUUAACAUUUCAGAGAUGAAAAUGGAACUUAUCCUGUCUAACUUGAUGAAAGAUGAUCGUUUCAAAGGAAACCAGUGGGGAUCCAAGAAGACCCAUCAAGGAGAUGCCCAGGAAGUCCGCCGAAGAGCCACCGUGAUGCAGACUGAAUUUGAGGAUUUUGUCCAUUCCAGCACAAAAACAAUCCGAUGGGCCAAAAAAGCCCUGCAGUCCUUCAUUCGCUCGUACGCCACCUACCCAGCCAACCUCAAGCCCAUCUUCCACGUCCGGGCUCUGCAUUUGGGCCACGUGGCAAAGAGUUUUGGGCUUCGCGAUGCUCCUGGGAAUCUCGGCGCUCCCGCGGCCUCGAGGCGGGGCAAGACGCAGAACAGGCAUGACCUUCUCAGGAAGACUCAGGUCAAAUCCCAUCUGAAUAUUGCCUCUGAAUAUUCAAGUGGCUUGGAUCCUCCGGCUUCGAAGGUCAAGAGGAAAAAACAGCUGAUAAAAUCGGGGGAGAGACACUCUCCCAGCUGAUCUGGGAAUUCUCAAUGGCUGGUGGGCAGGAUUGGAAAACAACUGGGGGGCAGAGAAGGCAGAAUCUCAGGAAUGUCCCCUUCCUGAUCUAGAAGAGACGACAAACCAGGCUCAACCAUGGUUAUCCCCCAUUCAAUUAAAGAUGUAUUGGUAAUAAGGCAGUUGCAUCUUGACCUGACCUUUUCAGCUCAAAUGGACUGCCAGUGCAGAGAAGAAAUCUUGGGGUACUUUAUGGAGGAGUUUUGGGGACCCCUGCGAGCAGACAAGCCAAGGAAAGAUGGGAUUUAACAUAAUUGGUUUGCGUUUUAAAAAACCAGGUUCAACCAGGGUUACCCUCCACUAAAGGAAAACCCUAUUGGUUUUAAGGCAGUUGCAUCCCAUCUGAUUUUUUACAGUCCAAAUUGGUUGGCAGUGUGGAGGGAAAAAAAAUUGGGGUGCUUUAUUUUAAGGAAAGUCUGCAGGCAGGCAAGCCAAGGGAAAAUGGAUUUAAUGUAAUUGGGUUGCCUUUUAAAGAAAAAAGGGUUCAACCAGGGUUAUCCUCCACUCAAUUGAAGAUGUAUUGGUUAUAAGGCAGUUGCGUCUUGCCUGACCUGUUCAGUUCAAAUUGGUUGGCAGCAUGGAGAAGAAAUCUUGGGGUGCUUUCCGGUGGCAUUUAGGGAAAUCCUGCGGGCAGACAAGCCAAAGAAAUUUGGGAUUUGGUAUCAUUUAAUUGGAUUGCAUUUUAAAAUGUCAGCUGAUCAGUCUGUUCCUUCUGCUGGCGCACCCCGCACCUGUGCCCUCCAGAUAUUUUGGAUUACAGUUUGCAUUGUCCCAGAUCAUUGGUCAGCCUCAAAAACCUUGGCAAGGCACUGAGUUGGGGAAGGCUGAUACAGCCCAUAAUAUUCCUCAAUGAUGGACAACAGCUGAUUAUAGAACAUACUACGAUUUGAAUCUCACCUGGAUCUAUAAGGGGUAGUCUUAGCUAAAGUUGGCAGCGAAGCAGAAACUCUGCCCUGACCUGGUUGGCAAUAAUAAAA